GCACAUCACUGACGGUGUGUUUCUCUACAAUGACCACACAUCAGGGAUGAGGAAAUGUUCAAUCAUUUCUUUUCCCUUUCUUCUAAUCAGGUAUUGAGACAUCAGCUGGCAGUUCCUCUAAUUGCAACAUACUUCCUCCUCCUGUAAACCAAGUUGUGUGCAUGUGCAUGUGUGUGUGUGUGUGUGUGUGUGUGUGUAAGCUGUGCAACACCUGGUAAAAUCCCCCUCACUCCACUAUAAGAGGAGACAGCAUGGAGACAGAGAGGCACAUCUUCCCAAGGACUCUUCCUCUGAGUUACCAACACACAGCUUUCCCAACAGAUGAUGAAGAUGCUGCUUGGCUGCUCUCUCUGCCUGCUCCUCCUGGGUCUGAGUAAACUGGUGGAGAGCCGAACUUUGCAUAUGGGCAGCUGCUCUGUCAAUGUUCACACGCACGAACUGCGCAAAUAUUACUCUGCCAUACGAUCACAUGCGAUAGCAGGAGACAGUGAGAUCGGAGUUAAAUUUCUGGACAAAACAUUGAUUAGGAAUGUUCAGGAGGGGCAGACAUGCUGUUUCCUGCGACUCGUGCUGCGUUUCUACGUUGAGAGAGUGUUCAGCAACUACGCCUCUUCUGAGCCACAGCAGCAACGCUGCUCCAGCGCUCUGGCCAACGCUUUUGUCAGCAUCAGGAGAGACAUACACAAAUGUCACUGCCACUGUGGAGAGGAAACACAGAGAACAGUUGACUCACUGCAUGCUGAGUUUAUCAAGCUGGAAAUAAACCCGGCAGCAAAGAAAGCUGUGGGAGAGCUGGACACUGUGCUGGAGUGGCUGGAGGGACUCAGCCAGAAAACACACAUAUGAUCAGACGGAUGCUCAGCAAAAUCAACGCUGUGAUCCUAAAGUUCCUGCUGUUUAUGAGUCCCUAAGCUAACAUGAAAGAUGUAACUCUUGACCUGACAUUCCUUGUAAGCAGAGUGAUGGUUAGAAAUGUGUUCACAUCACUUUUGUGCCAUUGUAUUUUUCUCUUUUUUGUUCUUGAAUUAACUUAAUGUGUGUGUGAUCCACUAACAUGUGGACUGAAUGUUUUGAUAUAAUAUUUAUGAUAAGAUAUUUAGAUUAGAUGUUUAUAAUAUACAUGACUGUUUUUUAUAUUUAUCAAAAAUAGAAUAAUGUUAGGGUACUGUAUGAGUGCUUCUAUUGUAAUGUUAUUAUGCAGACUAAAGACAUGGUUUAAUUUAAACUUUUUAAUUGUAACAAUAGUUUAAUAUCAACAGUAAAAAAAUACUUUUACCUACAAACAUUGAGUGUUUCAAAACAUGUUUCUGUAACGUCAUCAAAUCAGAAAAGCAGAUACACAGAGAACAAAACCACCCACCCACAUGAUUCUCAUACUCUCUGGAUGCCACACUGUCUGCUAUUUAGCAGACCACUGGCUAUUUCUGUCAAACACUCUUUUUUCACUGUGCUGUUAAUCAUAAAAUGAGAAAGAAAUUAAACUUAAACUAGAGAGUUCUAGCUAAAUUAAACUCUAACUUUCGUUCUUUGAAAGUCAUGUGGUCAGUUUGCUUUUUCAUGGUCAUAUAAUCUUUGCCGAAACCAGGAAAUAACUUACAAAUGAACUGCAUGCUAAAAUCAGUGUUGGAAGAAGUACUCAGAUC